GGAAAUCAACCCGUCUCUUCGCCUUCUUCUCUUGUCGUCUUUGUGAUCAGGGGAUCUCGAUAUCUCAAUGUCUUACGCUUAUCUCUUCAAGUACAUCAUCAUCGGCGAUACUGGAGUAGGGAAGUCAUGCCUUCUGCUACAGUUCACCGAUAAGAGGUUUCAGCCGGUGCAUGAUCUCACCAUUGGUGUUGAAUUUGGGGCUAGGAUGAUCACCAUCGACAACAAGCCCCUCAAACUCCAGAUCUGGGAUACCGCUGGUCAAGAAUCGUUUAGGUCUAUUACAAGGUCUUACUAUAGAGGAGCUGCAGGUGCAUUGCUUGUCUAUGAUAUCACAAGGAGGGAGACGUUUAACCAUCUGGCCAGCUGGCUCGAGGAUGCGAGGCAGCAUGCAAACGCGAAUAUGACGAUAAUGCUCAUUGGGAAUAAGUGUGAUCUUGCACACAGAAGGGCAGUGACCACGGAGGAAGGAGAGCAGUUUGCAAAGGAGCACGGUCUUAUUUUCAUGGAAGCCUCUGCCAAGACUGCUCAGAAUGUCGAAGAGGCAUUCAUAAAGACAGCGGCAACAAUAUACAAAAAGAUUGAAGAUGGUGUGUUUGAUGUGUCAAAUGAGUCGUAUGGAAUUAAAGUUGGAUAUGGAGGCAUCCCGGGGCCAUCAGGUGGAAGAGACGGAUCCACGUCGCAAGGAGGAGGUUGUUGCGGCUAAGAUUGGGAAUGGUGUCUAUGUCAUAUAAAGCAAAAAUCUCUUCUGUUUAAAUUAUAUAGUUUUGUAAAUCGUUUGGUUUUCGAUUUGGUGACUUUGUGUUGUGUUGGAUUUCGGAUCAUUCAUUUAUCUAUAAGAUGUGUUUUGCAUA